CGUUAAAAGCAUAACAAAACAUCCGUGUCUUUGCCUGCUAAAUGGCUGGACUUUUGGGAUUGAGGGGCCUUGCACCCAAGACAAAGAAUAUUGUUGUUGCUGGAGGUUUAACUGCCUUCGUGUUUGGGGUUUAUUUCUACACAAUGAGAGCUGUUGGAGGCUCCGAUGAACUGCAAGUAGCCAUAGACCAGUUUGAAGCGCAGAAAGACAACAAGGAUUCGAACGUGUAGCCUUGCAAUAAACCUGUUUGCAUUGGCAUUCUGGAGACCAGGACAAUGAAGACGCCAAUGUCAGAGGAAAAGAACUGGUGAGUUUAACUUUUAUACCGCCUUGUGGCUCUGUAAAAAUAAUGAAUUCCUCGGCCUUUGUAAACAAUAAUAGGUUUUCCAUGAACUCCAAGUAGAAAUGUUAUUGUGGUUGUUCAAGCUGCGGUCUCCAUUUUUGGGAGUUCUAAAAAAUUUGCUUUGACAAUUCAAAUGCUUGUAGUGAUUCCAAUACAUGAACAGAAAUGAAUUCUUCAGAACACAUGGUAUGAAUAGUGAUUCACUGGUUUAAAAUAGUUA